CACAGGGUCCCCCGAGGAGGUGGAUGCACGAGUCAGCAUCCCUGAUGCUCCCCCUCGCUCCGGCCCCUUCCCCCGGCAGGAUGUACCGCAAGGAGAAGAGCAUCCAGCUGAAGAGCAGCAGCUCAGCGCUGUACAACAACCUGAGCGUGCUGCCCCUGCCCGACAAGCAGCUCGCCUACUUCACCGCCGUGCAUGGCACCACCGUGAACAUGGUCAGUGCCUCCGGCGACGGGCUCAGCUUCUCUCACCGCCAGCUCCAGGUGAAGGAGGGGGCUGUGACCGUAGCACUGUUACUGAGUUGUCUUUCCUCCCAGGCUGCUUGGUGUGUCCUACCAUCUCGAGUUCUUCUGGUUCUGACUUCUCAGAAAGGUAUCCAGAUGUACGAGUCAGAUGGCUCCAUCAUGGUUUAUUGGCAUGCACUGGAUGUCAUGGAGCAUCUACCAGCACAAGCGGUGUUUGCUCGAGGGAUCGCAGCAGCUAGUGGACGCUUCAUCUGCGUAGGGACGUCCUCCGGGCUGGUGCUGGUGUUUGACAUCCCCCCCAAAGGGACAAACAUCACAGUGAGCGAGGUCCUGGAGGAGCACCACGAUGCCAUCACCGAUAUCACGGCAGAGCUGGGCUGGGCUCCGGAUGGGGCUGGUGACCUGGUGACCGCGGAUGACUCUGGGACCCUGUGCAUCUGGAGAUCUGGAGAAGAGUUCACCUUGCUCAACAAAAUCCCUGCUUUUGGCUGCACCUGCUCCUCUGUGAAGCUGUGGAACGGAGUCGUUGCUGCUGGCUAUGGAAACGGGCAAAUCCGGCUGUACGAGGCAGCGACUGGUGUCCUGCGGGCUGAGGUCAACGCUCACGCUCGCUGGAUCUACGCCUUGGACCUGGCGCCCCUGACGGGGAAGCUGCUGUCAGGGGCAGAGGACUCCUUUGUUCACAUCUGGAAGCUCAGCAAGAACCUGGACACCGGCGAUGUCGAGAUUGAGCACUGCCACUCGGAGUGUGUGACUGACACCCAGAUAUGCGGCGCCCGUUUCUGCGAUCCGGAGGGAAACUCCUUCGCCGUGACCGGCUACGACCUCGGCGAGAUCUUCCGCUACAGCCAGGUGUAGGCUCCGAGCUGUGGGGUCUGCCCCGGGCAGUGCAGGGGUUGCAGUGAGGGAGAGGUGGGCUGCGGCAGGCUUCCCUACCGCUUCCAUCGCUGUGUGGCGUGCCAGCACGCCCAGACCCCGUGCACUGAAGCGCUGUAAGCAAGGCGGUUUCAGCACGGACCCCCGACUCCUGCUGCAUGGGGCCCAGGCAGCUGCUGCAGCCCUGGCACAGUGAUGUACCCCAGUGGCGUGGAAAUCCGUGCAAGUGUGGAGCUAAGCUCAGAUCCCUGCCACUCCCCAAGUGAAGCCUGCCCUCAGCGUGGUGGGACCAUGCAUAGGGAACUUGGGCUUGGAGCCGUUAGGUCUAAACGGGACGCAGCCCUACCCCGUCCCAUGAGUUCCUAGGCCAAAA